GGAAGGACACAGAACUGUGAGAUAAAUAUGAAAGUAUUUAUCUCCGGAAUGAAGAUGCAGAAUGUGAGGACUUUACCCUCAGGAGCUUCUAAAGCAGGAAGACAUGAUGGAAAUAUUUAUCUCAGUAGAGAACAAAGAUCACACCCUGCUGCCGGUAUCAUAGGUCACAUUGGCUUCUCUGCUUCUAAGUGGUGUCCACCAUGGCGUCUCCUGAUCUGAGAGAUGAGCUGGAAUGUUCUAUCUGUCUGAACCUUUAUACGGAUCCUGUAACCCUGAGAUGUGGACACAAUUUCUGCCGGGACUGUAUUGGUCAGGUCCUGAAUACACAGAACAGGGCUGGAGUUUAUUCCUGUCCUAUAUGUAAAGAACAGUUUAAGAAGCGUCCGGCACUGAAAAGGAACAUCACUCUGUGUAAUGAGGUGGAGAAUUUCCGGUCUACUCAGCCACAUCAGGAGGAGAUCACCGGGAUCUACUGCACUUACUGUGUGGACUCUCCUGUACCUGCUGUGAGAUCCUGUCUGAUGUGUGAGGCUUCUCUGUGUGAUAAACACCUGAAAGUUCACAGCAAGGGACCAGAUCACGUCCUGACUGAUCCCAGAACUUCCCUGGAGAACAGGAAAUGUCCCAUCCAUAAUAAGAUCCUGGAAUAUUACUGCACUGGGGACAAUACUUGUAUUUGUGUGUCCAGCAGUUUGAUUGGAAACCACAGAGGACAUAACAUAGAGUCUCUAGAUGUGGCCUCUGAGGAGAAGAAGAAGCAGCUGAGAAAUGUUCUACAGAAUCUGAUCACAAAGAGAGAGAAGACUGAGGAAAGAGUCCAGAGUCUGGAGGAACGCUGGAGAAAAGCUCAAGAACAAUCAUCUGGAGAAGCGGAGAGAGUCACUGCCCUGUUUAUAGACAUCAGGAGACGGCUGGACGACCUGGAGAAGAGGAUCCUGAGUGAGAUCUCCAGGCAGGAGGAGAAGAUGUCACUGUCUGAUGUCAUCCAGAAGCUGGAGAUAAAGAAGAACGAGCUGUCCAGGAAGAUGAGGGACAUUGAGGAGCUGUGUAACAUGACGGAUCCACUGACUGUCUUACAGGAUCCAGACACAGGUGACUUGUGUGAUCCUGAGGAGGAGGGACGUGAUGAGGACACAGGGGGACAUGAUGGAGGUGACAAGGACACAGGGGGACAUGAUACCACACAUGAUGUAGAUGUGGAUGUGAUUACAGGGAUGUUACAUGCAGGUUUCUCUGAUAUAGUGACAUAUCUACAGACCAUCUCACCCCCAAAACCAAAGAGGCCACAGCCCCCCAGCGUCCGAUCUCUGCCCAGUCAUACACAAGCUUCACCUGUGUCAGGUCCACAAUAUGGGGGCGAUGGUGUAAUAGUCAGGACUGGGGGGGAGGUGGCGGCUGCAGGAGAGGGAGGGGUCUAUGGGCAGGGUCCUGCAGACAUAUUACUGGAUGUAAACACAGCUGCUAAUUAUCUCCUCAUAUCAGACGACAUGAAAACUGCAACCUGGACAGAUAAAGAGCAGAAUCGUCCAGAAACCGCAGAGAGAUUCCAGAAUUAUCCUCAGGUGAUGAGCAGCGGGAGAUUCUCCUCAGGACGACAUUACUGGGAUGUGGAGAUCAGACCAGUAUGGGAGAGGUGGAUGGUGGGGAUGUGUUAUCCCAGUAUAAUCAGGAGGGGACAGUGGUCAGUUGUUGGAAACAAUAGGAAUUCCUGGUGUUUAUAUAGAGGGGAGUGGUGUUAUAAUCAGUGUUCAGCGAUACAUGACAGUGAGUGGAUCCAGUUACCUCACCAGAUCUCCAGUGAUAGAUUCAGGAUCUGCCUGGAUUAUGAGGCCGGGCAGCUGUCCUUUUAUGAGCUGUGUGACCCCAUCAGACACUUACACACCUUCACCACCAUCUUCACCGAGCCCCUUCAUGCUGCAUUAUGUGUAUAUGAUGGUUCUAUAAAGAUAUCAGGGGGAGGAGCAGCUGUGAGGAGACAUCAUAGAUGGGUGAAAAAAAUGCUCUUAAAAACCCCAUAGAAACUGAUGUGCAGUGCGGAUUAUGGGGGCAUUUACAAAGAUGUGUGUGAUUUAGUUCAUUUUUUAGCUCUUUUAUUUUAUUUAAUUUUUUUUUUUGCGUGUUUUUUAGCGUGACUCCACCAAAUGAAUUACAUGGUCGCAGGGCAUGUGAUACAUUUUGUGGAGGAUACAGAUUUUCUGAAAUUUCACUCUUCACAUACACAAAAAAGCUACAAUAGGUCUGGCCUGGUAUAGAAUUGCGCCUUAUUGGGGGUGUUUUGCGACUUUUUUGCAAAAGUUGCAGUUGAUAAAUUCAUUACCACUGCACAAGACUAACCCUUAACAUCUAGCCUGUGCGCUCUUUUUAAAAAAAAAGGUGUAAAUCGAAAAAACGCAUAAAAUAGCCUUAGGCGCUGCGCCUAAAUAGACAUAUAUCUACACACAAAAACAGCUGUAAAGACAAUGAUAAAUGCCCCAUAUAUCCCUGCAGCGUGUCAGGUUAUGUUGUGGAUACGCUGCAGAUUUAUCACCAAUUAUUCUUCUAGACUUCAGUGUAAAAACCUGUAAUAAACCCACAAUUAAAUAUAUUUUAUUCUUUUUUUGUUUUGUAUUCACAUGAUCUGCACAUGUAGUGGUCAGAAAUUUUUAAAGGGCGAAUUUUGUGAAAAUUUCCCAAAAUACAACACAAAUGGUCCAAAAAUCUACACAAACCCCAAGUACAGCUCUACCUAGUGCGAACUUUUAAAACAUUUCUUUCAGUUCCACAAAAUAUAUGUACGCUCACCUGGGAGAAUAUGUACGCUCACCUGGGAUUAUAUGUACGCUCACCUGGUAGUAUAUGUAGACUCACCUGGGAGUAUAUGUAUGAUCACCUGGGAGUAUAUGUACGAUCACCUGGAAGUAUAUGUAGACUCACC